AUAUAUAUAUAUCCAUCUUUGGCCAUAUCUCUCUCUCUUCUCUCAAUCUUUUUCUUUCUCUCUCAUGACAUCCAAAUGCAGAGAAGAAAAAGAAACGACAAGGAACCCUAAUUUCCAUGAUUUUCUUUUUCUUCCUGUGAAAAUUAGGGCCUUUUGUUUGAAUCUCGGUGCUUAAAUCUUCUCUUGUGAAUGGUUAUGAUUGUUCUUGAAGUUAAUCUACAGAUAGCAUUACAGAUCCAGAGCUUUGUAGAGCAAAGAUAAUGGCAGAGCCUCUGAGACAUUUCCGAGUCGGUUACGCGCUGGCACCGAAAAAGAUACAAAGCUUCAUUCAGCCGUCUUUGGUGGAUCGGGCUAAGGAACGUGGUAUUGAUUUGGUUCAGAUCGAUUUGGAGAAGCCGUUGGUGGAUCAAGGGCCCAUCGAUUGUGUUCUGCACAAGUUGUACGGCGAGGAUUGGAGGAAGCAGUUGGAGGAGUUUGCGAGGAGGAACCCUAAUGCAUGCAUUAUUGAUCCGCCCGAGGCGAUUGAGAGGCUACAUAAUAGGAUUUCGAUGUUGCAGGCGGUUUCGGAGUUAAAGAUUGAGAAUGAGAACGAAACGUUUGGGAUUCCGAAGCAGAUUGUGAUUUACGAUUCGCAGACGUUGUUUGAUCGGCAGGCGUGGGAGGGGCUGAAGUUUCCGGUGAUUGCCAAGCCUUUGGUGGCCGAUGGAAGUGCAAAAUCACACAAAAUGUCGCUGGUUUUUAAUCAUGAUGGGUUGAAUAAGCUGAAACCGCCGAUUGUGUUGCAAGAAUUUGUUAAUCAUGGGGGUGUUAUUUUCAAGGUGUAUGUGGUUGGUGAAUAUGUGCAGUGUGUGAAGAGGAAGUCCUUGCCUGAUGUUUCUGAGGAGAAGCUGGCAAGUUUGGAGGGAUCUCUUUCUUUCUCUCAGGUGUCAAAUUUGACGACGCAUGAGAGGAAUGACGAUAACUAUUAUGAGACGAUGCAUUUGGAAGAAACAGAGAUGCCGCCACAGAGUUUUAUAACGGAGAUUGCAAGGGGUUUGAGACGGGCAAUGAAAUUGAAUCUUUUUAACUUUGAUGUCAUUCGGGAUGCAAGAAUUGGGAACCGGUAUCUUGUUAUUGACAUAAACUAUUUUCCGGGGUAUGCUAAGAUGCCGUCAUAUGAGUCUGUUUUGACUGAUUUUUUCUGGGAUGUGGUGCACAAGAAGGAGAAAAAUUCAAGAAAGUGUUUGAACAUGGGAGAUUGCUCGGAGACUGGUUUUGAUAAGCGGCAAGUGCAAAUUUAUGAUAAAGAAAUGAGAAAGUGUGUAGGCAAUAGUUAUUGCGGCGAUGGGGACGAUGGGGCCCUUCCAGUUUCUCCUCUUAGCAGGGAAGAGAACGAGAACUCUAUUCAAGUCUGAGGGAAUACAAGUUUGUUGGUUCAUUGGCCGGGAGACUUGGGUUAGCAGAUUCUGCAGGAUCCUCCUUCUGGUUUCUGAUUGAAGCAAGCUGCAUAUUUCAUUUAGGUAACAGUUAGUACAGUGGUGAAUAAGUAGGUCAUUGGCUUCAGUUUCUUCCUUUUGAUGGCAUUACUUGAUGUUCUGUGUUCAUGUAUAUUCUGCCAUUGCUCCAGCGAUAGGUACUCCUCAAAUACUCUCUGAAGCUUUAGGAAGGUUAAGUUGGGCCCUAAGGGCACCUUAAGUGGAUGGAUUUUGAGAUUUUGUCAAUGAUAUUCUCAUUUUAUUUUUAUUGCAUUUAAUUUGGUUCAUUAAACUUAUAGAUUGUUUUACUGUGUUUUAACCAAUUAUUUUAUCAAGAAUUGACCAGCCUGGCAUUGUUGAUGUGCCA